UGUUGGAUCAUUGUUUGGUGAGCCUGCUUCCGCGGAGGUCCGACAGGGCGCAUAAAUAGACGCUUCCCGCCAAAGCCAGCAUCAUUUCAAACUCAUCGAGUUACCUAAUCGUUCUUGUUUACAAUUCAAAAUGUCAGACGCAAAGAAACCUGCUAGUCAUCCUAAGUACAGCGACAUGGUGKCGRCCGCYGUCGGGGCCUUGAAAGAACGCAAUGGCUCUUCUCGACAGGCCAUCGUGAAGUACAUCAAGGCCAACUAUAAGGUUGGAGAUAACGCUGGAGUACAAGUCAAACUUACUCUAAAAAGAAUGGUUGCAGCAGGAAAACUAACUCAAGUUAAAGGCACCGGUGCUUCUGGCUCAUUCAAGAUCAACAAAGCAGCAGUCGAGAAACCAAAGAAAGCCAAGAAGCCCGCUGCUGCCAAGAAACCCGCUGCUAAGAAGCCAGCAGCCAAGAAACCUUCGGCCAAGAAACCAGCGAAGAAGCCCGCGGCAAAGAAAGCUAAAAAAGCUUCUCCAAAGAAAGCAAAGAAGCCGGCAGCUAAGAAAUUUACACCAAAAAAAGCGGCCGCCAAACCAGCUAAGAAGCCGUCCGCAAAGAAACCGACCAAGAAACCAGCCGCUAAGAAGUCGCCCAAAAAGGCAGCCAAGAAGACAGCCAAGAAAUAAAUAGUGUUUAACACACAACAAAACAAACAAACGGCUCCUUUAGGAGCCACCCAAAUGCUUUAAAGUCAAUGAUGCUGUAUGCAAUGAAUCAGAACCCAAAACUUCUCAUCGCAAUUCGAAAGCGUUUACGAAAAGAAAAUAAACGUUCAUAGCCAGUUUUAGAAGUGAUAAAUAAUAAUGAGAAUAUAUUUGAAAAAAUCACUGUUCUUUGAAUAUUAAAACGACAUUAACUUUUGCGACGAUAUAUUGUCGUAUAAUUUUGGAAGCUAGAUAAAAACAUGCAUAUAUUUUGAACACUUGGUCUUAAUAAAGCAGUUCCAU